AUGAGGGUCCAAUCCAAGUCCGUCUUCUGGACAUUCUGCUCCAUCCUCGCUGUCGCCCUUGCACAGUCCUUACCAUAUCACCCUACCAACAUACUCCUCCCCUCGAGCUCAUCCUGGAACAAGGACAUUGCAUAUGUCUUCCUGCAACAGCCUUCUCGAGGGGACUUUUACCUCGCAUCCAUCAAUAUCUCCUCCACUUUAUCACCCGGAAACCUAUCCCUUGAGACGCUGUCCACAACUCUGCCAUUUAGCACCACCGGUUUUGACACCUUUAUACCAUCUAUAUCUACAAAUGGGGAAAUACUAGUAUAUGCAGGGACCUGCUCUACCUCCGAUGGUGCUUCGUUAUGGACAUUCACGCCAACAAACACGAGUUCAGUAGGCAAUGGGACGUGGAUCAAAGAGACAAUAACAGCUGGCAAUGUCUCAUCCACCGACCUGCUAGGAGCUGACUUCCUUUCCAGAGGCUUCAGCUUCUCCCCUCUCGUGGAUGCCAAUGCUUCUCAGACCGUUACUUAUAUCUUUGGUGGAAUGUGUCCUAAAUCCGGAGCUACGGUUUCAACUUGGCAAUCUGAUGCCUCAUACUCCAACCGGAUGCUUAGACUCACCCCUGGCUCCUCCGACUAUACAAUUGAGGUUGCCACCAGUAGGGGUCCUCCAAUUGCCGAAGCUGGCUUCACGAUAACUGGUCUGAUACCCACAUAUUCGAAUGGCUCUGGGGUAGUGACCCAGCAACAAGAUUUUGUGCUUAUAGGGGGUCAUACGCAAACGGCGUUUAUCAACAUGAGCCAACUCGCCAUCUGGAACUUACCCGAGGCCAACUGGGGCUUCAUCCCCGUGCAGUCAUCUUCCGCGAGCCCUAACACCGAAUUGGCAGUCAAGAGCACCGUGACCAGUGUGGAUAGUAGAUCUGGACACACGGCAGUCUUGACGGAAGAUGGGUCGAAGAUCAUAGUACUCGGAGGUUGGGUGGGCGAUAUCACUCAAGCCGCGGAUCCACAACUCGUCGUUCUCGAGGUUGGGGCCGGAUAUGGGGGAUCUGGGGCAUCUAAGGAUUGGAAAUGGUCUAUUCCUACCGAACAGCCACCGGGAAGCGGUAUCUACGGCCAUGGUGCUGUCAUGCUUCCUGGAAAUGUCAUGAUGGUGCUCGGUGGGUAUAAUAUCACGAGUUCAACGAAACUAAAAAGAGAUCCGACUUCAGGCGCCCAAGUCAUGUUUCUGAAUGCGACGAGUAUGACCUGGAUAUCGAACUACACGAACCCGUCGUACGUAGCUGCCCUUGAGAUGGAUGCAGCUAAAUCAUCUUCAUCCUCCAAAUCACACAGUAAGAAAGUUGGGCUUGGGGUUGGACUAGGUCUUGGCCUUGCAGCAGUUGUAGUCGCAAUUGUGGUGUACUGUUGGUUGAGGAAGCGCGCCAGAGAUGAAGGCGUGGAAGAACGGGAGAAGCAUAUCCGAGCUCUGAGUGCUGGAACCGCAAACUACUCUCCGCCGUUGGGACAGAGAAGUGGAUUUCCAUGGCCCACAGGAUGGGGUCCAAAUGGAGGUCAGGAUUCUGCAGUCAUGGGAUAUGAGAACUUGAACUCCGGAAUCCACGGUUUGGGAGACCAUGGAAUUCCUCCUCCGCCCAAGCACACCGUUCGCAAACCACUUCAUUCACAGAGUGCACGGGGACUUUAUCAACCUACUUCGACUUUCGACUACACCGCAACUGAUGGCAGGUCCAACAGUCUCGGUACAGCUGGUCCGAUCCACCCAAUCUAUGAGGCUGAUGAAGAUGACCACGUGCCUGUGGUAUCAGAUAACGGUGUCGGCGUCGCGUUUGGCGAUCCAUCUUCACCAGCAAACAGAAAUCAACACCCAGACAUCUUCCGAGAUCCACCAGCAGCCAACUCCGCGACUCUCCGGCAAGAGGACUUUAAUAAUGUGGCUCCUGAUCCCGAAACCAUUGCUCGCUCCCGUGAACGAGAGAUUGAAGAAUGGGUCUCCGAUUGGGCUGCAGCGGAUGCCCUCCUACAUUCACAGGCUCGCAGCCAUUCCUCAGCGGGGCAUGUAUCGCCAACCCGUCGGGCCCAACUCGCCGCUGCCACUGUCUCCUCCGUCUCUAGCGAAGGAGACAUCAAUCGCAAUGCCAGCAACUCCUCCGGACGUAGUGUUGCCAUCUCAGCCAUGACCGUGUCUCGCUCCGGCUCCUCCUCACAAAGCCGUCCACGCAGCAACUCCCUCCGCCGCCUGGUAACUAGUGCCAUAAACCCGUUCACCUCCAACCUGUUGUCACCGACAGUUGGUAGCGCAGGGCCGAGUCCCACCUCUGAUACAAGAAAACCACCCAACAGCUCAGGAAGUGGAUCGAGUAGUUUUACCACAGCGCGGACCACUCUCCCCAUCAUGCAUCCACCUGAUGAGGAUAUACCUCCUCGACGAGGGGAAGAGAUACAAACAUAUAGCGGGGAGAACUCACCGACCCGCUCUGUACACGACUAUGUGCCCGGAAGCCCAUCGAAGACCAAACCGCCGGCAGUUAACAAGGGGAGAAAUAGCUGGUUGGAGGGGUUGAAGAGAGCUUUUACAGGUGACUCCACCCGGAACGCAAAUCAUGACGACUUCAGUUUCGGCACCAGAACACCCAGCCCUAUGCUCAUCAAACAGCAUAGGGGCAUCGCACCCCGACGCACAGCUAGCGACGGCGCUGCUGGCGCCGCCCUCUGGCGCCGCAGACAAGGCCGAGGAGACUGGGAAGAUAGCGCCGAUCCCGACGAGCUCCCUCGAGGCGCACGCCGCAGCAGCGCCAUCGUCGGCAACAGAGCCAGCCACAUAAGUAGUAGCAUUAGCGGCGACGACGAAGACGAGUGGGACAUUGAGCGCGCGGUCCAGAAUCGCGUCGUGCAAGUCAUGUUCACGGUGCCGAAGGAGCGGCUUCGAGUCGUGAACCACGACAUCCGCGACGAAGGCAGCGAGACCAGCACCAUCCGGAGCAAGAAAAGCAUCAGCCGCAGCAUCCGCUCGACAAAAGAAGCAACCGCAGACAGCAGCGCGCAGACACCGCUCCUCGAAGACGCAGGCACAGAUGCAGACGCAGACACAGACGCAGACCCGGAUCCGCUCGAUAAGGGGAAAGGCAAGGAGAGCGAUACCAGUAGCGUCAAGAGCAAGAGCAGCAGCAGCAAACCGAAAGGCAAAGUGGCUGAGAUGGUCGAGAAGCUCGAGGAGCGCCUCACCCCCGAACAUUAUUGA